AUGCUAAUUGUUGUUGGCCUACUGCUUGGCUGCUGUUGUAUCUGUAUUGCUGGUAUUCUACGGUCAAAAAAAACUUCUGGUAACAACAACAAAAACAGAAUUAAUUCCCGUACAACAGCAAUACCACCACCAACAACAACGGCAGCAGAACCCCAUGAACCAUCUGCUGUAUCCAGCAGUCAACUGGAGGCUAUUGAAACAACACAGUUUCCUAGAUCGCCAUUAUAUCGUCCACAACAGCUAGCUGAUGUUUAUGCAAUCCCAAUGCCACGACUUCAUCGUGCCCACGAAUUGAGCUCUGCACAAACAACAUCUCAAGCAUCAUCAUUUCGAAUUUAA